AAAUUUUACCACUGUCGCGUCGCCUUGCUGGAAAAGAUGGCUGCGCCCACGGUUUUUCGAGGAGUAGGCUUGGGCCUAUCCAAAAUUUCGAAGACUCCUCUUUCACUCUGCCGAGAGUCGCGACUAUUUAAUGCAGUUAAACAGCCGCUCUGCAUUGCAGGACAGCAGUUGAGCAGUACAAGACAACAUCUAACUUCAGAACACCUAGCAGCGAGAUAUGGAGGUUGGCACACAGUCACACUGAUUCCAGGUGAUGGCAUUGGCCCAGAACUAAUGGCACAUGUCAGGGAGGUCUUCAGGCAUGCCGAUGCUCCAAUCGACUUUGAGGAGUUGAUGCUGAGUGGAGAGAGAGCAUCAGUAGAAGGGGAAGGAGUGGAGGAUGCCUUGGUAGCCAUCAAGAGGAAUGGAACAGCUCUCAAGGGAAACAUCCACACUGAAGUCAACCGCCUGGCUGUCUGUAAAUCAGACAAUGUCCGACUCAGAGUUGGGCUAGAUCUGUUUGCCAACGUCAUUCACUGCAAAAGUCUUCCGGGACUACAGACGAGACACAGUAACAUUGACAUCAUCAUCAUCAGAGAAAACACUGAAGGGGAGUACUCCAGCCUAGAACAUGAGAGUUCGAAUGGUGUGGUUGAAAGCCUGAAGAUCAUAACAGAGGAACGGUCAAAGCGCAUCGCUAAGUACGCAUUUGACUACGCAACCAAACACAAUCGCAAGAAGGUUACCGCCAUUCAUAAGGCCAACAUCAUGAAACUCGGAGACGGAUUGUUUCUGGAGAGUUGCCGUAGUGUGUCUAAGCUUUAUCCAAAGAUUGAAUUUGGUGAUAUGAUUGUGGACAAUUGCUGCAUGCAGCUGGUAUCCAACCCCAAUCAGUUUGAUGUCAUGGUGAUGCCCAAUCUCUAUGGCAACAUCAUCAGCAACAUAGGCGCUGGACUUGUUGGGGGACCAGGGCUGGUGCCAGGGCAGAACAUCGGAGAGGAGUUUGCUGUCUUUGAAACGGCAACAAGAAACACAGGGAAGACCAUCGCAGGACAGAAUGUAGCCAAUCCGACGGCCAUGCUCCUAGCCGGCUGUCUGUUACUCAGACAUUUAGGCUUGAAUCAACACGCUGAUCUCAUCAAUGCUGCGGUCAUGAAAACAGUCACUGAGAACAUGGUGCACACAGCUGAUCUAGGAGGCGUUGCAACUACAUCAGAUGUUGUGGAAGGAGUCAUCAAGGAAAUACAAGCCAUGAAACAAUAAACUUGCACAUCUCAACAACUACAGACUCUCUUUCUGUAUGAUUUAUCUUGUUAUAGAUUGGCCCUAUUUGUGAAGAUAGAAAAAUGUAUUUAUUCCCAAAUUUUAAAAUGUGAGGCAGUAAAUACAUGUACCAGAGGCAUUCUUAGAUUUAGGUAGCUGUAUGUCAUGGGUCAAGAACCAAAUUUCUCAUCAGACUUUUGAGGUUAUCCCGAAAAAGUGUCUUCACAAAAGCUUAGCCUACCAGCAACAUUUUCUCCUAAACUUUUAAUUUAUUCCUGAAAUUUGAAGUUCCAGCCCAUUUCAUUGCCUCUUUUCUUUGCUCUGAGGUGAUGUUUAGAAGGCUUUAUAAUAUUUGUUGAGGCUUGACUUCGUGUUGCGUUACCUCUGAAUUAAGCGCAAUAAAAGUUCUUGAUGUUCAUGUAUUUAACAUGUUGUGAAGGUUAGGACCCUUUUUUCAUUAUUGUAUUUGUCCAUUGAGCACUUUUUGGAAGAUUUUUAAAGUAAAGUUGCAAUCAAUAUUGGAUUAAAAAGACUUUACAUAUACAAAUUUAACAUUUUGUAUAGAUGCUGAGGUCACUUGUGUGUUAUUAACAUAAAAUAUUUAAUUAAUUAUUUAGUGUAAAAUGUAUGAUGCUGAGGUAUUGCCUGCUUGAAGGUGAUUUGCUGUGUAUAAAAAUUAUGUAUGACUUUGACUUGAAUUAACAGUUAUUACUGUUUAUAAAUGGAGAUUAAUUGCAACUCAAUAAUUGCAGUGCAUGUUUCUCCCUUUUAGUGAAUAUUUAUGACAGAUGAGCAAUUUCAAAAGUUUUUAAGUAUUAUUUUGUCUAACACUAUUGGUUAUUAUACCAAGAGUACGCCACUCCAAUAUUUGAAGGAGAUUUUUGUUGAAUUUCUUGAAACAGAAUGAUUUGGGUUUUCACUCACUUAAAACCUGUCAGAAAGGUUUGAGAGUCACUUGUCACAAUCCAAUCAGAUUGGUGCAAUACAUCAACAAACUACAGUUUUGUUCAGUGUGAUGGAUGUAUAUAGUCUUCUGUUUGGCUUCAUUUGAUGUGUCAGUUUGCUUAGCUCAUGGCUUAACUAUUUGUAACACCGAAGAAUAAGAAGGCGUGUAAUUAACAACUCAAAAGUUUCUUACUAAAAUGUUAUUUGAUAAAUACUGCAAACAUUUUAAGCAAGAUUUUCUUAGAUUUUGAGUAAACGACAUGGAUUUCAAA